GCUUUACCUUUUAUGUACCAAUUCUUAGCUGGUGCCGUUGCCGGUGUCAGUGAAAUCCUUGUGAUGUACCCAUUAGAUGUUGUUAAAACAAGAAUUCAAUUACAAGUGGGAAAUGGUGCCCAAGCUGAAUAUUCAGGUGUUGUUGACUGUUUUGCCAAAAUCAUCAAAAAUGAAGGUCCUUCAAGAUUAUAUAAAGGUAUAACUGCUCCAAUUUUAAUGGAGGCUCCUAAAAGAGCUACAAAAUUCGCUGCAAAUGAUGAAUUUUCCAAAAUUUACAAAAAAGCAUUUGGUGUUCAACAAUUGAACCAACCUUUAUCAAUCUUAUCAGGUGCUUCUGCAGGUGCUGUGGAAUCUUUUGUUGUUGUUCCAUUUGAAUUGAUCAAGAUUAGAGUUCAAGAUAGAUCUUCAAAAUAUAAAAGUGUUGCAGAUGCUUUCUUUUCAACAGUUAAGAAUGAAGGUGUUUUAGCUUUAUAUAAUGGGUUAGAAGCUACUAUGUGGAGACAUGUUGUUUGGAAUGCUGGUUAUUUUGGUAUUAUCUUUCAAAUUAGAUCCUUAUUACCAAAAGCUGAAACUUCAACUCAAAAGACAAUGAACGAUUUAACUGCUGGUGCUCUUGGUGGUACUUUUGGUACUAUCUUUAACACUCCAUUUGAUGUUGUUAAAUCAAGAAUUCAAAAUACUGUUAGUCAACGAAUUCUUAGUGGUCAAUUGAUUGAUCUGGAGCUCAGGUUGUGA